AGAACUACAAACAUUCGAGAAAAUUUUUAAAAUUAAGAACAAAAUGCAUUAUUUAUCAAAUUUAAAAAAUAUUUUCUUGGUAUCUUAUAAACGGCAUUUGAAUUAUGUAAAGAUAAUUCAAUCAAAUGGACAAAAAUCUUUAAGAAAAUAUUCAACAAACCCAACUUACUUUAAAGAUCCAAUAGAUCCAAAUGAAGCCAGAUUUGAUAAAAUUUUGAUUGCAAAUCGUGGAGAAAUUGCGUGCCGUGUAAUAAAGACAGCUCGGAAAAUGGGCAUUAAAACUGUUUCAGUGUACUCAGUUGCUGAUUAUAAUGCGCUGCAUGUAAAAAUGGCUGAUGAAAAAGUUUGUGUAGGCCCACCACCAGUACGAGAAUCAUAUUUAAACAUGGAAAAAAUUUUAAAUGCAGUCAAAACAACUGGAGCACAAGCUGUACAUCCUGGUUAUGGUUUUCUCUCAGAAAAUUCAGAAUUUGUAAACACGUUGGAAGAAAAUAAUGUAGCAUUUAUCGGCCCUUCAGUUUCCUCAAUCAAAGGGAUGGGCGAUAAAUUAGAAUCAAAAAGAUUAGCCAAAGAAGCUGGUGUAAAUACAAUACCCGGUUAUGAUGGCAUAAUUGAAAAUGAAGAACAUUGUGUUAAAAUUGCAGAAAGUAUUGGAUACCCAGUCAUGAUUAAAGCGUCUGCCGGAGGCGGUGGGAAAGGUAUGCGAAUUGCUAGAAAUAACGAAGAAGCCAGAUCAGCUUUCAAACUAUGUACACAAGAAGCCUUAUCGAGUUUUGGUGAUGACCGAAUGUUAGUAGAAAAAUUUAUUGAUAAUCCACGACAUAUUGAAAUACAAGUAUUAGGUGAUAAACAUGGUAACGCCAUUUAUUUAAAUGAACGAGAAUGUAGUAUUCAAAGACGAAAUCAAAAGGUGAUUGAAGAAGCACCAAGUACAUUUUUGGAUGAAGAUACACGACACGCAAUGGGAAUGCAAGCUGUAAAUCUAUGUAAAAAAAUUGGCUAUCAUUCAGCAGGAACUGUUGAAUUUUUAGUCGAUUCAAAUAGAAAUUUUUAUUUCUUAGAAAUGAAUACUAGACUCCAGGUAGAGCAUCCAAUUACCGAAUGUAUUACUGGUGUAGAUUUAGUUCAUCAAAUGAUACGGAUUGCAAAAGGGCAUAAAUUAAAAUUAAAACAAAGUGAUAUAGCAAUUAAUGGUUGGGCAAUAGAAAGUCGAGUUUAUGCCGAAGAUCCAUAUAAAAAUUUUGGACUUCCAUCAAUAGGAAAAUUAAAUAAAUAUAUAGAACCACUAAAUAUACCGGGUAUUCGUUGUGAUAGUGGCAUAGAAGAAGGGACCGAAAUCAGUAUUUAUUAUGAUCCAAUGAUCUGUAAAUUAAUAGCAUAUGGAAAAACUCGUGAUGAAGCUAUAGAAAAUAGUGUGAAUGCUUUAGAUAAUUAUAUAAUUCGAGGUGUAACACAUAAUAUUCCAUUAUUAAGAGAUAUUUUAACAGAAUCAAAAUUCAGAAAAGGUGACAUUAGUACAAAUUAUUUAACUGAAGUAUAUCCCGAUGGUUUUAAAGGAACCAUAAUAAAUGAAAAUGAACAAAAACAAUUAAUUUGUGUAGCUUCAUGUUUAUAUUCAUUAUUAGAAAACAGAAAUCGUCAGGAAGUUAAUAAAAAUUUAAGCAACAAAGACUUUAAUGUUAUGGUAAAUUUGAAUGGAGGCGAAUAUAAUGCACUUAUUAAAAAUAAAGAGAAUGUAUUUGAAAUACAAUUAGAAAAUGAAAAAUUUACUGUGUUAAAAGAAUUUACUUUAUCUUCAAAUAUUUUAUCAACAAAGAUCAAUGAUCAUCCCGUUACAAUGCAAUUAAUGUCCAAGGAUAAUAUAGGAAAUUUUAAUAUUAUAUUUAAAGGUACUGUUGUUCCAAUAAAAGUAGAAAAUGUAUUGGCAUCAAAAUUACGCAAAUUAAUGCCUGAAAAAGUGAAUAAAACAAUAGAUAAAUCUAUAGUCGCCCCUAUGCCUGGAUUAAUCACAGCUGUAGAUGUUGUUGAAGGUGACAAAGUUACAGAAGGUCAACAACUUUGUGUAAUAGAGGCAAUGAAAAUGCAAAAUUCAAUGAUUGCUGCAAUUUCUGGUAUUAUCAAACGAGUGAAUGUCAAAAAAGCUGAAGCCGUUAGUGAAGGUGAUGUUUUAAUUGAAUUUGCGUAAACGUGAGGUAUGGGAUACAGUAGGGGGUCAAAUUGAUGUUGACGGAAAAUUUAAUUAUUCAUAAUUUUUAGUAUCUGAUUAUGUACCAUGUCAUGUAUCCUUUAUUAUUAUUAUAAUGUAAACAAACCCUCUGUAAUUAUGUUAAUAACUGUUAUAUUAAGUUUAUAUUGUAAAUAAAGA